AUGGCCAAUUGUUUGCGAUCAUUUUCGCACAAAAUAUUACCGAUCAACGGGAUAGCUACGACAAAAAACCAUUCCAACCGUUUGACUAGAAAGAUCCCGAUGCGGACACAGUUUCUGGAAGAUUUUUUACACCAGCGUCGAAUUUCAAGUUGCCAAACCGCCUCAAAGUGUGUGUUAGAAAAAAAUGUAGACAGCAUUUACUUUAGUGACACUAUUGGCAACAUAGAUUCUCCAGAGCUCUCAAAAAAGUUUGAAAACAGAUACAUUAAUGAUGGAAUAGAAAUGAAGACGCUCGGUAUUACUUGCGAUGAUUAUAUUGAACAAAAGUUACCACACACGAAUGAAGUACCAAACAGUAGAAUUAGUGAUAUUGAUCUAGGUAAAUAUGACAAUGACCUUCAACCAACCUGCCUAUCAGAUUUUGAAAGGAAUGCAGUAGCAUAUUGCAGUGGUUCGACUCCCACAGAGGCUCAGUCUACACCACAAGCUAACCCUGAUGGGAAACCCAGUGAAGAACAACUCAUGAAAGUUUUUCAUGUGCUUUCUGAAUCUAUGCCAUUACUGUUUGUGAGACCACUGGAUUAUUCCAUCUACAGUCCAAAUUUAAUUUUUGUCAACAAUAUUAGAGGCAAGACUACCGUAGGGCUAUUCCACUAUGUGAAGCAAGUCGCCUUGCUUAGGACAGUAGGCCAUCUGAAGUUUGCUUACGUAAUUCUGGAAGUUUUAAAGAUCACAGCGCACCCUGAAGACUCCUCAAUCAAGAUGCGAUGGAGAAUUAAGGGCAUAUCGGGAUUGAAAGUGAUGUUUAUGUUUUGGAAAUACAAACUAUGGGACAUGCAGCAAGUUUGGAAAGAUCAAGAAUUGUGGUAUGAUGGUUUCUCUACGUUCUACGUUGGAGGAGACGGCCUUAUUGGAAAGCAUGUGGUAGAUAAAGUGAUGCCCGAUCAGGACACGAUAAUCGAUGAUGCAGAGAAGGCUCCGAUCGCCGCGAAACUGGCCCUACUGGUCGGUCUCCUCCCCAGGAACUACUUGUCGGACGUGUCGCCGUACUUCAGUUCAUCGUCAGGCACCACGGACGCGCUAACGCAACCCUUCAAAGUAUUAGAAUAAAAUAAAUACAGAUUAUUUAUUGUUUGGUUUUAAAUGAUGCGCUUGGUGAGAACUGAGGAUGAAGACGGCCAAUGGCUCUUGGGCUAAUAAGAUUAUGACAAUUUAGUUAAAACAGACUCACAUGGUGUAUUUUUUUUUUAAAUGUAAACCUUUCGAUUGUUGUAAUAAAAUCAAACUGACCUUGAGUAGGUAUCAGUGCAGUGACUAUGAUUUAUUUGCUUUGUCGAUGCGUUCAAUAAGUUUGUUAAACUUAAAUAAUAAAACUUUGAUUUAUGAAUUCGAAUCACUGGCAAUGUUGUAUCGCGUAACAUAUUUCUGAUUCGUUCACAAUGUAAAAAUCAGAAACAUUAACAGAGUUAAUUAAAUAUAUACGCGAUAACACUUUAAUUUUAUAAUAAUAAUAUCAUUUUAAUAUUAUGUUAUCGUUAAAUUUAUAUGUUUAAAAAAAAAUACCCUGUGAAGUUUCUAUCAGGUUAUAAAUAUGUAAUUGAAAACUAAAAGUUCGCUGAAUGUAUGAAAUAACUAAAGCACUAUAGUAUCAGUCGUUAUAAAGGGUGUAUAGUGAACGUAGCUGAGACUGUAAUAAAAUGCCGCUUAUUCAGUGAUUUAAUGUAACUCGCAACGUGAGCCUGAAUCAAUCGCGCCUUCGCUUUUGUAGAAUAGAUAGCUGUUGUACAAUAUAACUGAGACUGCGACCUUGUUGGACGGUAUUGUUGUGAUGUCUAGGCUAGGCUCCGAUCACUAACUAACACGAGUUGAAUUGUGGGAUCGUUUCCAUAUCUGAAAAGUACAAAAAAAAUUAAUUGGGUUUUAUGAACUGACGCUCGCCGAAAUAAGAAGUCUUGAUAAGGUGUAUCCCGCUCGUGAUUUUUUUUGCAAUCUAGUUACCUCGGACGCCAUUAAUGAAAUGAUUUUUUUUAUCACAAAUUCUGUAAUGUUUACCGUGACGUGUCCUUAUUACCACCCUGUAUACUACGACAUCAUAUUUCUCGGCAUCGUGGGAGCCUAAGCAUCUUUAAAUCAGUACGAAUAGAAAUAAAAAUAACAAAUGAUUGAUUAAUUUAUUUAAAAAAAUAUGUAGCAAAAUUUAAACAAUAAAAAAUGGAGUUAAAAAGCGUAGUGAUAUAAAUAUUCGAUUUAACAAGUUAUAUUGUAUUCGUUCAUAGCUUUUGCAGUCUUAAACCGACAUUAUGUACCCAAAAUAAGGUUUUGUAAAGUGUGGCCUGGUGAUAUUUAAUAUUAUUUUGAACUGUGAAUGCCUUUAUUAGUUUGUAUAGUAAUGUUAUCUAUUAUUAAAUACUAUAAAUGUA